AUGGUCCACGUCCGCAUCAACGAGCGCGAAGCUAACCCGAAUCCGCACAUCAACUUUGUCUCAGUUCUGCCUAUGGUCGAUGCCACUCUCGAGGACGACGCUCGGCAGCUUAUGCGGGCGCUGGCCGCGCAGGUGAGACCCGUCAUGAAGGAGCACGGUUUCACCGUGAACAGUCUCGAGGAGUACGAGUACAACCGAGUGUUUGCCGGGCGGAAUUGGAGCAAUGGAGAGACCAUUGAACUGGUUUUGAAGUCUGCUAGCGGCUCAUUUGUGCCCAUUCACUGGCUCAUGAGCACAUUGUGCCAUGAACUCGCCCACAUAAAGCACAUGAAUCAUGGGCCUGCUUUCCAAGCCCUGUGGCGACAGCUGCGCAAUGACGUCCGUGCCCUGCAAAACAAAGGCUAUUACGGCGACGGCUAUUGGUCCUCCGGGACCAGAUUGGCAGAUUCCGCGACAAUAGCUGGCAAAGGCAUCGGAAUGGGCGACCUUCCUGAAUACAUGUGUGGCGGAGCUCAUUCACGCGCCCGACCUGCUUCUUACCAACGACGUAAAAGGACUACAAAAUUUAACGGGCCCUCUGUGCACACUGGUGUCCAAUCCGAAAAGAAACGUAAGGCCGGAUCCAGGAUCACCAAUGCUAAUGCAUUCGGCUCAGGGGGAAAGGCACUGAACGAGGGUGCAAUCGGCGAGAAGAAAGAAGCGGGCACGGGAUUUAGGAAGAAAGCCGGAAGUAAACGUGCACGGGAAAAACGUGCACUUGCUGCUGAGGGACGUAUGCAGACCCUCAAAGCCGCAUUUGCCUCUUCAGCGUCAGCAUCCUCUUCGCGCCUGAAGAUUGAACCUACAACAGAUUCAGAAAGCGAGUCUUAUUAUGGAUCACUGGAAACAGACCAAGACCGUCGAAGAACCAUGCUUGAAUCUGUCGGAGGACAAGAACUCGACGAAAUGAAGGCAGAAAAAUAUGAUUUUUCAGAGGACUUCAAACUCCCCGGAGGAACUACCGGGGAUUCAUACAACAUUCACAAAAUCAAAAUCCCCGGAGCUGCUCAGUUUACCAAUGCAGAGCCCGGUUCAUCGACCCGACCCGGCAAGCAUCGGCGUGUGGAUGAUGACGAGGUAUCCGUAACUAAGAAAUUACAGACUUCCAGUGCUCCAAGACCUGAUAAGACAGAAGAUAAGCCGGGUGGUUGGAACUGCCUUGUAUGUACAUUAGCCAACGAGCCACGACACCUCGCCUGUUCUGUGUGCAGUACUCCCAGGGGAGAUUCUCUCUGGGUAGGCAGAGAUUCAUGAGCACCAAGACUUAGACUGCCACACUAAUAUACCCGAUCGUAUCAAUAUC